AUGUCGAAAAACAUAAUCUUUGCUUGUGAAGAGAAUGCCGAUGAAAAGUUUGACUUAAUCUUGCCAACAUUUGUGCUCUGUUUGCGAGAUUUCAUUUUAGAUUCAGAGAAAGAUGGUCAAGUGUUGACAGCUGACGAGUACCUUGAGGACUGUUUACAGCUAAAACCCAUGCCUCCCAAUGGUAAAAAGGAUGUUGAAAAGUACAAUCGACCAAGAGAAUGUAUCAGAAAGUAUUUUCCAAAGCGGAAGUGUUUUACUUUUGACAGGCCUGGAUAUAAAAGUGAUAUGAAGAGACUGGAGACAGCCAAAGCAGACGAAUUAUUUGACGACUUUCUUAAAGAAACAGAACAAUUUCUCAGCUAUGUUUACAAUUGCAAACCUAAAGUGUUGCUUAGUAGCAAACCCGUGAGGGGUAAAAUGUUUGUCACGCUUGCAACGUCAUAUAUAAAGGCAAUUAGUAAUGGUGCUGUACCGGACGUAGAUGACGCCUUUCAGACUGUUGCAAAAAUUGAAAAUGAACGAAUGGCAAUAGAAGCAGUCAAAGACUUCUCGGUUAGGGUACAGGACAUAGAGUUACCUGUGCUUCAUAUUCACGAAUUCGAUAAGAUAUACGGGGACAUUCAAAAUGCGUCGUUGGCACAUUUUCGAUCAGAGGCAUUGUUUGAGUCGGAGCAGUUUGAAAAGGAAGCACUUGUAAAAAUGGAAAACAUAUGGAAUCUGACUAAGAAACAGAACUGCGAAUUAGUAAGAAACUAUUGCCUCACGCAACUUAAAAAGAUAUUCGGCGAUGUUGUUGGAGAGAAAAAGGCCAAAGAGAUUUACUUUGCAGCCGGAGGAUACGAAGAAUACAAGUGUGACAUUGGAAAAGUAAAAAAUACAUACAAUUUAAAGAUGCAAGGAAUUGACGAAUAUGAAUUCACACGUGUACUGAAUGAGUUUUUCGAAGGAGAAGCUGAUUACGAAAGUAAGGUAAUGAUGAAGGACAAGAAAUUUGCAGAAGAGAACAGGAAAAAGAAAGAUUUUUUAUCGGCCCUUGGAUCACAAAUGCGACUUGUCGGUAUUUUGUCUACUCAGUUACAGUGCAAACAGUCUGCACGGUUACAUAGCCCAGAGGAUAACGGCGGUGUCGUAGUAACCGGAAAGUAG